GUAAUUGUUGCUAUAAGAAUAAAUGAUAGCCAUUGGUCUUGUUCGUGUAAAUUAUUAUAACAUGAGCCUUCGAGCGUGAGGUAAACACCGGCCAAAACACAAGUCAUCUCUGUUGCCGCUCUCCCUUGUCAUCCUCUGUCAAGAUGUUUUUAACACGUAGUGAAUAUGACCGUGGUGUGAACACAUUUUCUCCCGAGGGACGUCUGUUUCAGGUCGAGUAUGCUAUCGAGGCAAUCAAGCUGGGUUCCACCGCCAUUGGCAUCCAGACUAGCGAGGGUGUUGUCCUGGCCGUAGAAAAGAGGAUCACAUCGCCUCUCAUGAUCCCCAGCACCAUCGAAAAAAUUGUUGAGAUUGACAGACACAUCGGUUGUGCUGUGUCAGGGUUGGUGGCAGAUUCUCGAACAUUAGUUGACCACGCACGCACUGAAUGUGCCAACCAUUGGUUUGUCUAUAAUGAAAACAUGAAAGUGGAGUCGGUAGCUCAAGCUGUAUCAAACCUUGCCAUCCGCUUUGGUGACUCAGAUGAUGAUGGUCCAGCAAUGAGUCGUCCUUUUGGUGUGGCUAUGCUGUUUGCGGGUCUUGAUAAAUCAGGUGCACAGCUCUACCAUAUGGAUCCAUCAGGGACUUUCCUGGAGUUUGGUGCUAAGGCCAUUGGCUCAGGAUCUGAAGGAGCACAGCAGUCUCUCCAGGAGUCUUAUCACAAGUCGAUGACAUUGCAAGAAGCUCUCAAGAUUGCACUGACAGUGUUGAAGCAGGUGAUGGAGGAAAAAGUGAGUGGGUCCAACGUUGAAGUAGCGGCCGUCACCCCAGACAAGGGCUUCCACCGCUACCCACAGAAUGAAGUAGAGGCCAUCAUCUCAGAACUUUAAUUGGCUAUUGAAACAUAUAUAUAUAGAAUGAUUUUUCUAAGUGAUGUUUUAGGACAUUUGAAAGUCUUGGCACACUUAACUAAAAGGAAAUGUUUUGAGGUAACCGGAAAAAGUUUGUGUUUAUGUGUCUUGUCAAGUUAAAGGAAAGCACGGUGUCCACUGCCAUUCUUGUGCAUCUUUAUUAUAUUGUAUUGAACUGUAGGUACCUUAUCUUAAAUCUUGUCAAGAAAAACUUAUUUUGAUAUUGAGGUUAAGAAAUAAGUUUUUUCAGUGGUUUAUAAAUUUUUUAAGUUUUGGCUCUUUAAUGAAACAUAAUCAUCAGUCAGUAGCAUAUAUAUAUAGCAUUAUAACUCCUUGAAAUGGGAAGCUAUUAGAGAAAAGUUCACCCGAGGGAGAUGAAAAUAAAAAUAUGGAAACUGAUGAGAGCUUUUACAGCUGCUUUUGUUAUCAGGAAUAAUUAAUUAUUAUGCAUGUACUGUACUGCAGUUUUUCUAAUUAAAGAAAAUAUGUUG